UAAACUUUAAUUACCAAGUCUCGUAAAUAUAAACGUCAUAUAAAUGCAACUUUCACUUGCAUUCUUUAAUACCCUCUUAUUUGGACUCUCAACUGUUAAAAUAAUUCAACCUUAUAAAUUGAAACUCGCUGUGAAAAAUGAUUUAGUUAAAAACUAGUGAGCUGCUUACACAGAGGUUUAAUUUAAAAUAAUUAUUCAAGUGAAAAGUAUUAACAAAAUAAACGUAACAAAGAUUCCUACACGUUUAGCAAAGGUGGGAUUCACUGACCCACUGACAUUCUCUUGAGUAUCACCAGGCAUACAAUACUCUUCACAUGACUUGCGAUGAUCUCGCGAAUCAGACUGAAAUAUAUAAGUAUUACAUUUAAUAAAUUUCUAUGCGUCGGGUCAAAAGUUUUGUUAUAAUUAUUUUUUUUCUAUCAGUAUUUUUACUUUUUUACGCAAGUAGGCCGGUUGUGAAAAAUGAAUCACGUGAAGUUAAUUAUUACACGCAACUUCAAAGAAUUGUCACCCCGUCGCUGGCCGAGCUGGGUUUCCAGGGCGUAUCAAAACCCAACGAUGACAUAAUUAUGUUGACAAGAAUUCCAAAUGCGGGUGCUGAAAUUCUGGUGUAUAUUCUCCAACAUUUGUCCGGAUACAAUGCCUUCAAGCAUAUUAGAAUUCCAGCGAAUAAACAGCGAGUUCUUUCUUCUUUGCAUCAGGAGCUGCUGGUUGAAGAAAUUACCAGUAUUAUUAAACAAGAAGCUGUUCCUUUGAGUUUUGAUGGGGAUAUUAAAUUUUUGAAUUUUAAAAAAUUCGAUCGACAAGCUCCGACAUUUAUUUCACUUGUCAGAGAUCCAAGGGAUAUUUUAUUAAAACAUGGAAAUAAAUCAGAAGAAAAUUACCAAAGUGGGAUAUCCUAUUUUUGCGGCCAAGAUUCACGUUGUCUUGUUACAAAUAAAUGGGCAUUAGAACAAGCGAAAAAAAACGUGCUGCAGUGGUACCCAGUCGUAGGAAUAUUAGAACUGAUGGAAGAAACAUUAAAAAUAUUAACAAAUCAAUUUCGCUAUUUCUUCAAUGGCGCUACUGAUAUUUACAUUAAAAAAUUUCGUUUCAGAAGCACGCUUAAAAAGAAAAGAAAAAUAAAUAAAGAAGAAAUAAAUGAUAAACUUAAAAUAGAAAUUGAAUUUUAUUUAUGGCUAAAGUCGCGCUUACUAAGCCAGACUAAUAAAUAUUUUUAAAAUAUUUAUUUAAAAUAAAUUUUAUUUUUUAAGAAAUACAAGAACAAACCAAAGUUUUUGAGUCAAGUCCAUAUGUUACAUUAAUUGCGACACCGACUUGUGAUUCUUCCUGCAUUAAAAAAAAAAAUUAUUAAAAUUAACAAAAAUUAAUUAAAUUUAAUUAUACUUACAUCAAGUUCAUAUAAACUUCGAGGCCGGACUUCAGAUUCAAUUUCCGAACGCAGGCGGUCAUCUUUUGGGUCUUUGAUUUCUGUUGAUAAAGAUGGUUUGUUUUUUCUGAACCAGGAGCAAUCUUUUUCACUAAAAUAAAUGAUUUUUAUUUUAU